UAUAAGCUUAAUCCAUGUCAAACCAUUUCACCAAAUAAUCGAAACAUUCCAACUUUCCUCGUACCAACAACAACAAGAACCCCAUUUCUCUUUCUCAAUUUUUUUCAAUCUCAACCAACAUGUCUAAGGGCAAUGGAGAAACUGUGGUCGAUGUCCCAGCUGAGAAGAGUAGUAACCCUAAUCUUGCAAGUACUAAAGGCAAAGGACUUGCAGCUGGAGUUGCAACCGGUGCUGCGGUGGUGGGCACAGCAAAAGUUAUCAAGCAUUUAAGGGGAUGGAAGAGAAUAGUUUGCAUUUUUGAUUUCCUUUUAAGGCUUUUCGGUUUUGCUGUCCUCCUCACUGCCGCUAUUACCAUGGGAACUUCUGAUCAGAUUCUUCCCUUCUUUACGCAUCACUUCCAAUUCCGGGCAACUUUCCAAGAUCUCCCCGCCCUCACGUUUUUUGUCGCGGCCAAUGCGAUAGCUUGUGGAUAUCUUCUCCUAUCUCUUCCGUUCUCCCUUAUUAGCAUUAUUCGCCCCAGCAUUGCAGGAGCAAGGCUACUUCUCCUAAUCGCAGACACAGUGAUGCUCGCUUUGACAUCCACUGGUGCUGCUUAAGCUGCCGCUAUUGUAUACUAGGCUCAUGUAGGAAACAGAAGGGGAAACUGGAUCGAAAUAUGCCAACAGUUCAAUGAGUUAUGCCAGCAAACAAGUGGUGCAGUGGUAGCUUCAUUUGCUGGUGUUCUUAUCUUUAUCAUUUUGGUUAUCAUGUCAGCUCUGGUUCUUCGACAUCAUUGAUCAAUUGAUUCCUAAUUAUGGAAUUUGCAUAUCUAAGAAAAUGUAAUGAAAUUUGAUUUACUUUAGCCGAGCAAAAAAAAAAGUGAUUUACUUUGGUAUUAUUGUGUUGUAAUCAAGUAAUCUCGUAUCAUUGUUCAAUAUAUCCUCGUGCAGUCAAGGGUUGAUUUUC